GAGCCUUCACUUCGCCAAUCUUACAGGAAAUACCGGACACCAUUUCUCCCGAUGACCACAGCAAGUUGAUGGGUACUGACGGCCUAGAUAUUGAGUCGAGGGUGUUACUGUACCAGGAAAUGGUUGAUCGUUACACCGAUACACCACCAUAUCUCCUCGUACGGCUUGCGGAACUUUAUGUGAUGGUUAAGUUGGGUCCGCUCGCUCUCAACUUGUACCGCAAAGUGAGUACCUUAUCCCCACUCACCCCUUUCAAUCGAACGCUUCAACCUGCUCCUCUCCGAGCUAGGCACAAGACGUUUUAUCUAGUGCAGGUAUCGUUGACGACGUCUUGAACGCCCGCGUUGAAAGCCACGCUUUGCGCGUCGACGCUGAACUCAAUGACAUCCUAAGUAAAUCUCAGCACGCGGUGUUCUAUCAGAAGUGGAAGCCUACGAAGGACCACCAAUUUCCUACCAACAUUCCUCAUCCUCCUCCUGGUGCUCAAGACGUUAAAGAUGAAUGGCAGAAAUUGAUCCCGCAAGGAUCCACUUUCUUCGAUUCUUAUUUGAAAAAAUUAGUUAUCGAGACCAAUCAUGUAGAGAGCACCUUUCUGCUCACGCAAGGGUCAACCCAGGACCUUAUUCGACGUGGCGUAUCCGAAGGAGUAGUAAACUAUCUCCCGCAAAGCUCUUUACAAGACACCGACAAGAUAAAGAGAAUUUUGAACGAUACACUCGCCGCCUAUGCACUGUUAAACGAACUCUACAGCAGCCUCGACCUUCUCAACAAAGACACUAUCUGCCGCAUUCACGCACGCCUCAUGAAGACCUGUCAAUUCGCCGAUUUUCGACUCACCCCAGGUGGCAAGACACGCACGGAAACCAAGAAGACUGUUGUUGUGGCAGGAGCCUACGUGAUACAAUGCUGCCCCUUUUCAGAGGUUGAUACGGAGAUAGACUAUAUCUGCAGGAUGUCGAGGCAGUGGAUCAAGACUUGGCGGAACCCAUUUGCGACGGCGAGCUGGAUUCAUCUGACAUUGGUUAGGUGUCAUCCGUUUGAUGAUGGGAAUGGGCGUUUGGUGCGGUUGAUAUCGUCCAUUCCUCUUUUGAGACAUGGGUAUCCCCCAAUAUCUAUAUCGUUGAAUCAACGCGCGGAUUACUAUGAUGCUAUAAAUAAGGCAUUCGAAGGUGACCAUGAACCUUUGAUCCAAUGUAUGCUGAAAGGCAUGCAGGAGACCAUUGCGUCGGUCCAAUAACUGUGAUUGAUAAAUUUUUUCGAUUGAUAUUCAACGUGUCCUUUGCCUAUGUGGGCCGUAACGGUGAUGUCUGUCUUCUCCCUACCCAUGGAUGUACUUUUUCAACUGUCUCCUUCCUUCCUAUCAAUGUACUACAUGUACAUC